UUCGAGUAGGACCGGAAGAAAAAAUGAAUGUGUGCAGUUCUGCUCGUGUUUCAAGAUUGAUAAGCAGGCAUUUGACUCGGAUGCACAGAAGAUGCCAGAGUUCCUGGGAUGAAAGCAAGACGGGAUUCGUGGAUUUCCGAAGAGUGGUUGCUGAAGGCGGCAAAGGAGGCGAUGGCAGCAUUCACUUCUUACGGCUGUGGCGGAACGACAGGGCAGGGCCAUCUGGCGGCGACGGAGGCAACGGCGGUCACGUGCUCUUCAGGGCCACUGAAAGCGUGUCGUCGCUGGUCCGCGUGCCGAAGAAAGUCCGCGCCAAGGACGGCGAUGACGGACGUCCCAAGGACUGCGACGGCAAGUCGGCGGAGCACGCGGUCGUCGACGUGCCGCUCGGGACGCUCAUCAAGGCGUCCCCGAGCGGCGAGCUGUUGGCGGAUCUCUCGGAAGAGGACUCGGUGUACGUGGCGGCCCGGGGCGGCUGUGGCGGGCGUGGCAACCACUUCUUCGCCACCGACACGAACCAGAGUCCCAUGAUUGCCCAACGCGGGGCACUCGGUGAAGUGAGAGAGUAUGGAGUGGAGAUGAGGGUUGUGGCGGAUGUGGGGCUUAUUGGGUUCCCGAACGCGGGGAAGUCCACGUUGCUGAGGGCCCUGUCAAGGGCCAGGCCGAAGGUCGCCGGUUACCCGUUUACGACGUUGAGGCCGCAUAUCGGAGUGAUACAGUUUGAGGACUAUGUGCAAUUGCGUGUGGCGGAUAUUCCUGGACUCAUUGAGGAAGCCCACAAGAACCGAGGCUUGGGAUACGGGUUCCUGCGUCAUGUGGAAAGGUGUGCUUGCAUGUUGUAUGUGCUGGACUUGAACCUGGGCGUCACAAAUCUUGGAACCCCGCAGGAGCAGCUGGAAACGUUGCAGGAAGAAUUGAGGCAUUAUAAUCCAAACCUCUUGGAAAGACCGUUUGCUGUGGCUGCCAACAAGAUAGAUCUUCCUGGAGCACGUUCGCUGUUGGAGAGCUUCACAUCAAAAGUUCCCUUUCAAGUAUUCCCGAUUUCCGCCCUGAAUGCGGAAAACAUAGCUCCACUCAUUUCGUAUUUGCGAAAAAUGUAUGACGCCAAUCAAGAAAAACUGCGAAAGAAAAGUGAGGAUGAUCCUAUUGUGAUUGAAAAUGUUUGACAAUGCAAAUAAAACAUUUUUUCUUCGUCCAUAA